AUGCAGGCGGAUGCCGACCACACGCUGGCAGAAGUGCUGCCGCUGCAGCAUGCGCUGGAUGAGAUUGACGCAGAGCGCCUCUCCAAGGGCGGCUCCUUUGCCACCGGCGCCCAGACCGCGGUGCCGGGCGAGUCGGCCUGCAACGAGGUGCUGAACCACUGCUAUGAGCUGCUGGCUGACUGCGGGCGCAAGGCGCAGGAUGUGUCUCCGGAGAUGAAGGCAAGCUGCAGAGCGGAUGUGUAUGACCAGCUGCGGCGCAUCAAGAAUGCGCUGCGCAGGCUGCUGGGCAAGCGGCACCACACGGCUGAGGACCUCAGGCACUACCAGAGCCAGUUGGAGAAGAUCGAUGGGGAGCGCAAGGACGGCGUGUUCUGUGGAGACCUGGAGGCAAGAGCCCUGCAGGCUGCUGCCGCCUGCUGCCCGAAGGGCAUCAUUCCACACGGCCAGGCGGCAGCCUCCGGCCUGCUGGAUGAGUGCUACGACCUGAUUGAGCAGCUGGCUGGCAGCGCGGAGGACAUGAGCCCGGAGAUGCGGGAGAUACUGGGGCAGCUGGAGCAGUACAGGCACGAGCUGGAGGGCAUGCUGCGGCGGCAGCGCACACACGAGGAGCUGCGGGAGGUGCAGGAGAAGCUGGAUGCAGUAGACGACGAGCGGCAGGCGCACGCCGGCAUCUUUGCGCACCACGCCGCCGAGGCUGGCAAGCCCCCGCCGGGCCAGGACGUGCUGCUGCAUGACCUGUAUGCUGACAUGGCGGCGGCGGAGCAGUGA